CUGAGCUCAGGCCAGUCAGUCAGUCAGUCAGUGUACCGCAGGAGGGCGGGAAGGAUGGCUCUCUCGACAAUAACCUGCAUAUUGGGGCUUUUAGGAGUUAUUAUUUUACUCUCAGCAACGCGACAGGCUGAGGCUCAGCACUGUAUCUGGUACGGAGAAUGCGACACCUCGCCUCUCAUCCCAGAAAGGAAGUACAACUGUAACUACACAGGACCUCCUAAACCCCUUCCUAAAGAUGGACAAGACCUCUUACUGGAACUUUGCCCAGGUUUGGUUUACGGUGACCAGAGCGUCUGCUGCGACACCCAGCAACUGCUGACCCUGAAAGGAAGCAUCCAGAUACCUUUACAAUACCUGUCCAGGUGUCCGGCUUGUUUCUUCAACUUUAUGACCUUGUUCUGCGAGCUGACAUGCAGCCCUCGGCAGAGCGAGUUCCUAAAGCCCACCCAGUUCUCAGUGAACAACAGCACCAACACCACCAACGUAGUUGCGCUUUCAUAUAACAUCAGCCAGAUCUUCGCUAAUGGUAUGUACAAUGCAUGCAAAGAUGUAGAAGCUCCAUCCAGCAACGUGAAGGCUCUUAGUGUGCUGUGUGGCAAAGACGCCAGUGCCUGUACUCCUAAUAACUGGAUAGAGUUUAUGUUUGACAUCAACAACGGCCAGGUUCCCUUUGAAAUCGAUCCCAAGUUCUCAGAUGAUCCGUUCCCCGGAAUGACCGUCAUGAAUAACAACACCUUUGGCUGCUCCGAGUCUCUGGACGACGGCUCGGCGCCAUGCUCGUGUCAGGACUGCAUCGCCGCCUGCGGGCCCUCGCCCGUCCCUCCACCGAAUCCUCCUCCAUGGACCAUUUGGGGCUACGAUGCCAUGUGCGUCAUCAUGUGGAUCUCUUACGUGGCCUUUCUUCUCAUCUUCCUCGGGACGCUGUCUUUAGCGUGGUGCCUCAGAAAAAGAGACGUCACGUCGGAGUAUGGUCCCAUCCAGGCCAGCAACGAGCCUCUUUCACUGAACAAGGACCCUGCCGGAUCAGCCAGUGACGUGACGUGUGGCGAGGCUCUAGGCGAGCGCUUUGAGAAUUUCCUCCGUCGCGUCUUUAGCUGCUGGGGUUCGUUCUGUGUGCGGCACCCCCUGCCGGUGAUCCUAGCGAGCGUCGUGCUGGUGGUGAUCUGCUGCUUCGGUUUGAAGUUCAUGCUCCUCACCACCGACCCGGUGGAGCUGUGGUCGGCCCCUCGCAGCCGCGCCAGGAUGGAGAAACAGUACUUCGACGAGCACUUCGGCCCGUUCUUCCGCACCGAACAGCUCAUCAUCACCACUCCGCGGACCGACUGGUUCAAGUUCGAGGCCGCCACCGGGGACAUCCUCUUUGCACCCAUCCUGAACAUAACUCUGCUCCAUCAGAUUUUAGAUCUCCAGACAGCCAUCGAACACCUAGUGGCGGACUAUAAUGGAGAAAACGUUACACUGAAUGACAUCUGCGUCUCUCCUCUGGCUCCCUACAACACCAACUGCACCAUUCUGAGCGUGCUCAAUUACUUCCAGAACAGCCACGAAGUUUUAGACCACAUCUUCCGUGACGAGUAUUUUGUGUACGCUGAUUAUCACACCCACUUCAUGUACUGCGUAAGUUCCCCGAUAGCCCUGGAUGACACGGGCCAUUUUCACGACCCCUGCAUGGGCACCUUUGGUGGUCCCGUCUUCCCCUGGCUGGCCCUCGGAGGCUAUGAAGGAACGGCAUACACCAACGCCACUGCUCUAGUGAUCACCUUCCCUGUGAAUAACUACCUCAACGACACAGAAAAGCUGGGCAGAGCUCGUGCUUGGGAGAAAGAAUUUAUCACAUUUUUGAAAAACUACAGCAACCCUGAGCUCAUCGUGUCCUUCAACUCGGAGCGCAGCAUCGAGGACGAGAUCAACCGCGAGAGCAACAGCGACAUCUCCACCGUACUCAUCAGCUACGCCAUCAUGUUCGUCUACAUCUCCCUGGCUCUGGGGCACAUCCAGAGCUUCCGCAGGCUGCUGGUGGACUCGAAGAUCUCCCUGGGUAUAGCGGGGAUCCUGAUCGUCCUAAGCUCAGUCGCAUGCUCUCUAGGCAUCUUCAGCUACGCCGGGGUUCCCCUCACACUCAUCGUCAUCGAGGUCAUUCCCUUCCUCGUGCUGGCUGUGGGAGUGGACAACAUCUUCAUCAUCGUGCAAACCUUCCAGAGAGAUAAACGGCUGGAGCACGAGGAGCUGCAUCAGCAGAUAGGCCGCAUCCUGGGAGACGUCGCCCCCAGCAUGUUCCUGUCCUCACUCUCUGAGACGGUUGCGUUUUUCUUGGGAGCGCUUUCCCACAUGCCCGCUGUGAGAACGUUCUCUCUGUUUGCUGGCAUGGCUGUUUUUAUUGACUUCCUGUUACAGAUCAGCUGCUUCGUUUCCCUGCUUGCUCUGGACAUCAAGAGACAAGAGAGAAAUCGCCUGGACAUCCUGUGCUGCUUUAAGCUGCCUGAAGGACCGGAAGAGAAUACAGACAGUAUCCUCUUUCGCUUCUUUAAGAGAUUCUACGCCCCAUUCCUUUUGAAGGACUGGGUGCGCCCUCUGGUGGUUGCUGUGUUUGUGGGAAUACUCUCCUUCAGCAUUGCAGUCAUAGACAAAGUAGAAGUUGGACUGGACCAACAGCUGUCCAUGCCCGAUGACUCGUUUGUAUUGGAUUACUUUGGGAACCUGACAGAGUACCUACACACGGGCCCUCCUGUGUACUUCGUGGUGAGGGAGGGUCACGAUUACCGUACCUCAGAUGGACAGAACCAAAUAUGUGGUGGCGUGGGCUGCAACAACGACUCGCUCGUCCAGCAGGUCUACACGGCAUCGCUCAUGAGUAACUACUCGAGGAUAAGCAUGACCCCCUCAUCGUGGUUAGACGACUACUUCGACUGGGUGAAACCGCAGUCGUCCUGCUGCCGAUACCACAACUCUUCUGGAGCCUUUUGCAACGCCUCGGUGGUGGAUCCUACCUGUGUACACUGCAGACCUUUAAGUCCCAGCGGCAAACUAAGACCUAACGGCACCGAAUUCAUGAGGUUUCUGCCCAUGUUCCUCUCCGAUAACCCCAACAUCAAGUGCGGAAAAGGAGGUCACGCUGCGUACAGCACCGCCGUAGUGCUGAAGGACAACAAUACGGACCUGGGCCCAACCCAUUUCAUGAGCUACCACACCAUCCUGAAGACGUCCGCGGACAACAUCAACGCCAUGAAGGUGGCCCGAGAGCUGGCUAGAAACAUCUCGCUCUCCAUGGGGAUGGAGAACGACACGCACGGUGUCUUCCCUUACAGUGUGUUCUAUGUGUUCUACGAGCAGUACCUCACCAUCGCCCACGACACUGCGCUAAACCUGGUCGUGUCCCUGACGGCCAUCUUUGUCGUCAGCACCGUGUUGCUGGGCUUUGAGCUCUGGUCGGCCGUGAUGGUCUCCCUCACCAUCGCCAUGAUCCUGGUCAACAUGUUCGGCAUCAUGUGGCUGUGGGGAAUCAGCCUCAAUGCCGUAUCGCUCGUUAACCUCGUCAUGAGUUGCGGCAUAUCGGUGGAGUUCUGCAGCCACAUCGUGAGGGCGUUCUCCAUCAGUACCCAGGCCACACGGGUGGAUAGAGCUGAAGAGGCCCUGGCACACAUGGGCAGCUCUGUGUUCAGCGGCAUCACGUUAACGAAAUUCGGCGGGAUCAUCGUCCUGGCCUUUUCCAAGUCCCAGAUCUUCCAGGUCUUCUACUUCCGCAUGUAUUUAGCCAUAGUGCUGCUGGGAGCGGCUCACGGCCUCAUCUUCCUCCCAGUGCUCCUGAGUUACGCAGGCCCGUCUGUUAACAAAGCCAAGGUCUUGGCCGCACUUAGCAGGUUCUCCGGGACCGAUCAGGAACGCAUACUCACCAACUGACAGCACCGAGGACGCCGAACCAUCCAUCCACAAGGGACUGUGUGGGUACAGGAGCUUCUCACAAACACACUAACACGUGCACACAAACCUCGAACUAAGAGACUCUAACUCAGGACCCCUGCUUGGGGAAACAAAAAAGAAAAGAAAACAAAAUCUCCAACAAAACAGCUUGCGUGAUUAUGGAAAAAGUUUACAUUUCAGGAUUUUGCUUUGUGACGGAUGAAACAUAGACUCGCGACUGAAUCUGUGUUCAAGCUAAAUUUAUAACACGGACACUGCAAUAUUUUAUAUAACAAAAAAAAAAAAAAAAGCAACUGAAACGUGUGCCUAAAAGUGCGGUUGGUUUGUUUAUUUAUUUAUUUGGUUUCCACAUGUAGGUUUUGUUGAUUUAUUUUCGUUUUCAUUGAGGGAAGAUUUGUGGGUAACUCAUUUCCUGUGGUGUUUUUUUUUUUUUUUUUUUUUUAAACAAAACCUCAUUUUGAUGCUUUAAAUCACACCGCACGUAAAAACAACAAAAAAAAAAACGCAAUGAGUACAGCAUGAAUGGUUAAUUGGUUUAAUUUAUGGGAUUAUAUGAUGACUCGCACAGGAUUUUUUCCCCUUUUUUUCAACUGAAGAAAAGAAUCAGUAUUUGAAUACUACAAAAACAAAAAGAAGUAGCUUUCCCUGAAAUGGGUUUAAGUCUUGACCAGGACCCUCAGGUGUGGUACAUUUUUGCACUGGAUGUUGAGUGACCUCGGGUUCCAUGAAGUGCUGUGUCUCUUUCAUAGAGCAGCACGGUCUUAUACCUCAGCGGGAGAAUGUUCGUCGAUCGUGGAGACGUUUCAGGUGAACACAAACUUCAGUGUGAUUGCAUUUGGGAGAUUGUAACACGUACGUGAGGCGUGUAACACACAAGCACUCUAAAGAGACUGGAUCAUGCGUGUUUAUUACGCAAACUGAAAUUCUCUGUAGUUGUGUAUACACUAUAUAUACAUAUAUAUAUUUUUCCCCUGUUCCUUUCUGUAGGAGUGCUAUAAAUAAAUAAAUAAAUAAAUAAAUAAAUGAAUAAAGUUGUAGAUCUUGGUGUGCAUGCGUGUGCCCUAAUGUAGCCUCAAGGCCGACAUGAGCUCUUAAGAAAGAAGAAAUAAGGAGAGAAAUGUUACCAAGUCACAGCGAGGGCCGGAUUUUGUAUUUUAAUUUUUUUAUGUUGUAAUUUGAACUGUACAAUACUGCAUUCCAUGGUAGAUAACACUUUAUAUCUGUAUGAUUUUGUCUUUGUCUUGGAAAUAAGAGUGCUAAUAAUUGCACCUAAUAAAUAAAAUAAAAUAAAUAAAUGAG